GAAAAGGUGAGCAAAAGAGUAUAAAUUGGUAUAAAUUGGCAUAAAUUAGAUUAAAAUUUAUGAAAAUAGAGAGAGAUAUGAGAUUUGUGAAAAAAAAACGAAAAAAAACCAGCAGGGAAAAGAUUCGUUGUUUGUACUUUUCCCAAAACGGCAAAGAGUAAAUACCGGUUUGACAGAAAGAGAAUAGUCGAAUCGAAAUUGCUAGACAAUACAUUUCGUUUUUUUUGUCCAAGGACUGCGAGUGGAAGAAAAGCAGGGAUGGAGCGUGGAAUCAGGCUCUUAAAAGAACUCACAAGAGCAGACUCACAGCAGUGACUCAAGAGCAGAGUCUAGAGUAGAGUUCAGCAUCAUAGACUGAAGAGCAACCGAAUGGUAAAUACAAAACAGCUCUAGACCACCAGAAAUCACAAGAUGGAGCCCAAACAGCAGAGUCCUCAGCCGCAACGUAGGACACAACAAAGGCCUGUAGAGUCGAGAUCAAACAAUACCAAGGGAGAAUAUACAAAAAAAUAUAACAAGAAUGUGCUAUUUUGCAGAGCUUUGUCGACAAAAAGAUACACGACCUCGGAGAGGAUCGAACUCUCGAUCUUGAGAUUAACAGUCUCACGCCUUAACCAGCUUGGCCACGAAGUCUUAUCGUG